GGAUUUAUGAAAUCCGCGGCUUUAUUUUGUCCAAACUCACCGCCUGGCAAGAUCGCCUAGAGAUUACUACUUUGUUUCUAUUCUGAUCGCGCAAUCACUUUAUUCUGAAACAUUUUAUUCAAAGAGCGGAAAUCAGCGGAGUGGCGCGAAGCUUUCCAGCCGCUCCCCCAAACAUUUCUGCUGUUUCAUGCGCAAGCUCGUCUAUCUACCAAUCAAGGAAGUAAGGAGACGGGAUGGCGAUUGAAAGGUCUGCGCCGGCCAAUUCCUUUUCUAUUACUAAGCUUUCCCGCUUCCAGAGGAUCGUUCUUGGCUGGGACUAUAUACGGCUUCUCAGAGAAUCCGGGAAGAAUAAUGGUAGAGAGGGGUUGAAGCACGUGAAGAACACUUUUGACAGUGUGGAAGACUACAUUGGUGUCUUUGAGCCUCUAAUUUUAGAGGAGUUGAAGUCCCAAAUCGUACAAGGGAAGGAUGAUGAAGAAGCUAGCGAUUGGCAGAGAGGUGCUGUUGCUUCAUUUCAGGAAGUUGAUGAAUUUCAUAAAUUGUCCCUGGCCGUUUUAGAUGAUUUUCGAGAAAACGUGUCUGAGAAUGAUCUUUUGCUCCUUUCAAAGGAAAAGUUCCAAGAGGGAGAGGCGCCAAAUGCUUAUGCUUUUGCCUUAGUAGAUCAUCGAGGUGGUAAAGAAACUCUUAGGGUUCUAACAUAUCUCUGUGGGGAGGUAAAGCAAUUAGAUAAGAUGGAAGUUGAAUCUAGUCCACGGCUUUCAAAGAUGCUUUCGAUUUUUAAGACAAAAGAAAGUUUUGUGUGGAUUCUGAAGAUUUGCAGUUUAUCAACUAUCAUACGAGAAUACAUAGCCAUGCAUUCUAUUGCACAUCUUCCUUUUAAGGAUUUGAUUUUGUCCGCUUCGCCCAAGUCAUAUUGUACUACAUCUGAAGGUCAGACCUGGAAUGUUCCUAAACCGCUUAUGGACCACCUUAGAGAUUGCCUCAACAGUUCACAGUUAGAUGCCAUUAAUGCAUGCCUUUCACAUAGACCAUUUGUUCUGAUACAGGGCCCUCCAGGUACAGGAAAAACACAAACAAUUAUUGGGCUUCUUAGUGCUAUUUUGCAUUCAUCUCCUACAAGUUUGCACUCCAAUAGCGGAUCUUUUUAUGUUAAGCAGAGGCCAGUAAUGUCUAUCAAAGAGAGACAUAAUCAUUGGAGAAAAGCAUCUCCUUGGUUAACUGGUUUGAGUCCAAGGGAUCUGAUUAGACCUAUUGAUGGUGACGACGGCUUUUAUCCAGUUGGAAAUGAACUGAAACCAGAAAUUGUGAAGUCUAAUCGCAAGUACCGGAUGCAUGUGUUGGUUUGUGCUCCAUCUAAUUCUGCACUUGAUGAGAUAGUACUGCGAGUUUUGUAUGGAGGUAUUCAUGACGAAAAUAACCAUGUCUACAAUCCCAAAAUUGUGCGAGUUGGGGUGCAACCACAUCAUUUAGUGCAAGCAGUGUCCAUGGAUUACCUUGUAGAGCAAAAGCUUGCAACUAUGGACCUUUCAACAUCUACUGGUAGAAAGUCUGGGGAAAGUAUGAAUCGGGAUAUGAUUCGUGAUUCAAUUAUUGAUGACUCAGCUAUUGUGUUCUCCACUCUUAGUUUUAAUGGUUCAUCACUUUUCAGCCGAACCAAAGACAUAUUUGAUGUUGUUAUAAUCGAUGAAGCCGCUCAGGCUGUGGAACCUGCAACUCUAAUUUCUCUAGCUCAUGGUUCCAGACAAGUGUUUCUUGUUGGUGAUCCAGUUCAAUUGCCAGCCACAGUAAUUUCUCCAACAGCUGAGAGAUUUGGAUAUGGGACAAGUUUAUUUAAAAGAUUCCAGGAGGCUGGCUUUCCUGUACAUUUGCUCAAAACCCAAUACCGCAUGCAUCCAGAGAUAAGCAUCUUUCCCUCAAAAGAAUUCUAUGCUGGUUCUCUGGAGGACGGAGAAUUGUUGAGCAAAAGUACAGAAAGGACAUGGCAUGAAUACCGGUGCUUUGGUCCUUUCUGUUUCUUUGACAUAGAUGGAGUUGAAUGCCAGCCUUCUGGAACGGGUUCUUGGGUCAAUGAAGAUGAAAUAGAAUUCAUUGUGCUUAUGUAUCAUAAACUGGCGAGCCAAUAUUCAACUCUGAAGUCGAUUUCCCAAUUGGCAAUCAUUUCCCCAUAUCGUUAUCAAGUGAAGUUCCUUCGUGAAAAAUUUCGAGCUACUUUUGGAGAGAAAUAUGAUCAAUCCGUUGAAAUAAAUACUGUUGAUGGAUUCCAGGGCCGGGAAAAGGAUGUCGCAAUCUUUUCAUGUGUUAGAUCAAACGGCAAGAAUGGCAAGAACCAUAUUGGAUUUGUCUCUGAUUUUCGGCGGAUGAAUGUUGGCAUAACUAGAGCAAGAUCAUCUAUUCUGGUUGUGGGUUCUGCAUCAACCUUGAUGCAGGAUGAGCAUUGGAGAAACUUAGUCAACAGUGCCAAAGAACGCGACUGUUAUUUUAAGGUUUCAAAGCCCUAUGCAUCAUUUUUCAAUGAUACAAAUCUGAAUACCUUUAGAGUACGGUCUAAGAUGGAAAAGAAAAUUCAAGAAUUGAAUGGGUUUGUGGGUCUAACCGAACUUAUAACCGAUCAAAUGGAUGUGGUUAAUGAAGGAUUCGAGGAAGAUGGCAUGGAUGCUGAUUAUGGAGGCUUUGAUGGAGAGUGAGUCAAGAGAGAACAAAAAGGAAGUCAUUAACCUCAAUGAUUAUGAUAUAGUAUUAUGGAAGUCAUUAAAGUUUAAAACCGGUGCUAGCCCUUUGCCUUCAACCAUGCUCUGAAAUUUUUGAGUUCUGAUUUUUAUUGUUUUCUCUAUUACAUCUCGUUUAGUAAAUUUGCUUUUUAACAGAUUGUUAAUCGUGUUCAACUUUUCCCA